AUGCAGAAUACCGUUCGGGAUUAUCAAACUGAUAAAAAUAAAAUCAAAGAUUUCCUCAAUGAAUACGAAAUUGACACCGAAGAUGGCUACAAAGCAUCGAAAUAUUUGAAACAAAUGAGAAACAUUGCUAAUCGAGAACAAACAUCAUUAGUAAUCGAUUUGGAUGAUAUAGCUAUAGUAGAUCCCGAAUUAGCCGACGCGAUCGGUGAAAAUACACGGCGAUACGCACAACUUUUCUCACAAGUUGUUCAAGAAUUAUUGCCUGAACUAAAGGACAAAGAAGUCCAAAAUAAAGAUGUACUUGAUGUUUAUAUUGAACAUCGAACACUGAUGGAGCAACGUAUACACCAUAAUACCGAUGAAACGCGUGAUCCGAUGAAUCGUUAUCCCGAAGAAUUGAUGAGACGAUUCGAAUUAUAUUUCAAAGCACCAAGUACGCAAAAACAUCUAUCCGUUCGACAAGUCAAAGCGAAUCAUAUCGGAAAAUUGAUCUCAGUCAAAGGCGUUGUUACACGUGCAACAGAAGUCAAACCAAUGAUCAGUGUAGCAACGUAUACAUGUGAUAUAUGUGGAUCGGAAACGUAUCAACCAAUCACUGCACCGACAUUUAUGCCGCUCGUUAUGUGUCCAAGUCAAGAUUGUGUUACGAAUAAAUCCGGCGGACGUCUAUCGUUACAAACACGUGGAUCGAAAUUUAUCAAAUUUCAGGAAAUUAAAAUCCAAGAACAUACUGAUCAAGUACCGGUUGGAAACAUUCCACGUUCGAUGACAAUUUGGAGUCGAGGAACAAAUACUCGUCUAUGUCAACCAGGUGAUCAUAUUGCUGCAACAGGCAUAUUUUUACCAUUACUUCGUACGGGUUUUCGUCAAAUGGCGCAAGGUCUUUUAUCCGAUACAUUUCUUGAAGCACAUAGAAUCGUAUUGUUGAACAAGAGUGAAGACGAAGAAAUUGAAGAUAAAGAAAUGAAUGAUGCGGAACUAGCUGAUCUUUUCGUUGAAAAAGAUUUGUACGAUCGAUUAGCAAUGAGUAUUGCACCGGAAAUCUAUGGUCAUGAAGAUAUUAAGAAAGCCUUACUCCUUUUGCUAGUUGGGGGCAUUGACAAAUCACCACAAGGAAUGAAAGUUCGAGGCAAUAUCAAUGUUUGCCUUAUGGGUGAUCCCGGUGUUGCUAAAUCUCAAUUGUUAAGUUACGUCAAUCGUUUGGCACAACGCAGUCAAUAUACGACUGGUCGUGGCUCAUCAGGUGUUGGUUUAACAUCAGCAUUGAUUAAAGAUCCUAUUACAAAUGAGUUGGUACUCGAAGGUGGCGCAUUGGUCUUAGCUGAUCAAGGUAUUUGUUGCAUUGAUGAAUUCGAUAAAAUGACGGAACACGAUCGAACCGCAAUCUACGAAGUUAUGGAACAACAAACAAUAUCUAUUGCUAAAGCUGGAAUUUUAACAUCCUUGAAUGCUCGUACAUCAAUCCUAGCUGCUGCCAAUCCGGCAUAUGGUCGAUACAAUCCAAAGCGUUCGAUUGAAGCAAAUAUUCAACUGCCAGCUGCACUUUUGUCACGUUUUGAUUUACUUUGGAUCAUUCAAGAUAAAAACGAUCGUGAAGUUGAUUUGAAACUCGCUCGUCAUAUUGCAUCCGUUCAUCAAACUGGAUGUCAACCUGAAAUUGAUCAUAAUCAACAAUUUAUCGAUAUGAAAACAUUACGACGAUACAUUGCUACAUGCAAGAAGAAAACACCAUUAGUGCCGGAAAAUUUACUGGAUUAUGUUGUUACAGCUUAUGUCGAAUUACGUAAACAAGCUCGUGUUAGUAAAGACAUGACAUAUACAUCAGCUCGUAUGCUUCUAUCCAUACUCCGUUUGUCGACAGCACUUGCUCGACUUCGUUGCGGUGACCUGGUGUCCAAAGAUGAUAUUGAUGAAGGUCUUCGAUUAAUGGAAUCGUCACGAUUAUUGUUGAAAGAUCAUGACACUGCUCCAACAAGACAAGUUAAUCCAAUUGAUCAAGUAUUCGCUAUUGUACGCGAUAUGGUACCAUCCUCGGGCGCUAAAAUUGUUCGUUAUGCUGAAGCUCGAGAGCGUUGUGUGGCCAAAGGUCUAAAACCCGAUACAUUUGACGAAGCACUUGAACGGUAUGAAGAAAUGGGCUUAUGGCAAGUCAAUCAACAACGCACAGCAAUUACAAUUGUUUAA